UUACUGUGACAAAUUAAAACAUAAACUUCAGAUACAUCCCCGAACUAUGAUGUAUGGGUUAGUUUUUUAGUGAGAAUGUUAGCUUAACAAGAUACAUGAGAAGUCAAAACCACACACAUACUGGUGAUAAAUCUCAUUAAGGUGAUGUAUAUGGUGAAGAAGUAAGUCAUCUGUGUACCGUAUUGAGAACUUUAAUGCUAUUUAAGUGGUACACAUUUAUUUGAAGUAGUGACUUUGAAACUUUUUAGAAACUUGCACACACACUGGACAUAAACCUAAUAUUGGAUCAAAGGAUUAAUUGGACCUUGUAACUAAAAGAGACACAUGAGGAACUAUAGAGACUGGUGAUAAAUCUCAUCACUGUGAUAUCUAUGGCAAAUGAUAUAGUCAUGCAUACUGGUACCUUACAGAGACAUAUGAGAACACAUACUGGUGAAAAACUUCUAUGUGAAGUCUGUGGUAAAGAAUUUGUUGGACAAUCUAACGGUAACUUCCAGAGACACUUAAGAAUACAUUCUGGAAAUAAACCUUAUAAAUGUGAUGUAUGUGGUAGAGGGUUUAGACGGAAUGAAUACUUAAAGAAACACAAAGGAACACACACGGGGGAUAAACCUCAUAAAUGUGAUAUAUGUUGUAAAGAGUUUAGUCAACUUGGUACUUUACAGAAACACAUGAGAAUACAUACUGAUGAAAAGCAGUUUAAAUGCCUUAUAUGUGGUAAAGGAUUCAUUAACAAAGGUCAUUUAAAUGUGCACACAAGAACUCACACUGGUAAUAAACCUCAUAAAUGUGAUGUAUGUGAUAAAAGGUUUUAUGUUCCUAAUGACUUAAGGAAACAUUUGAGAACACAUAGACCUUAUAAACGUGAUGUAUGUGGUAAAGAAUUCAUUACAAGUAGUGACUUACAGACACACUCUAGAACACAUACUGGUUAUAAACCUCAUAAAUGCGAAGUCUGUGGUAAAGAGUAUAGUCAGCUUAGUACUUUACAGAAACACAUGAUAAUACUGCAUAAGGCUGAUAAACCAUAUAAAUGUUAUGUAUGUGGUAGCAGAUUUAAUAGAAAAAGAGAUUUAGAUGUGCACAUAAGAACUCACAUUGGUGAUAAACCUCAUAAAUGUAAUGUAUGUGGUCGAAGGUUUGCUCAUCCUAAACACCUAGAGAGUCAUUUGAUAUUACAUUCUGAUGAAAAAUCUCAUAAAUGUGAUGUAUGUGGUAAAAGGUUUAAGCUUCCUAGUUAUCUGCAGAUACACUUGAAAUUACAUACUGAUUAUAAACCAUAUAAAUGUGAUUUAUGUGGUGAAGAAUUUAGUACUAAAAGAAUCUUACAGAGUCACUUUAGAACACAUCCUGGUUAUAAACCCUAUAAAUGUGAUGUAUGUAGUAUGAGAUUUGUAGGACCUGCUCCCUUAGAGAGACACAAAAGAACACAUACUGGAGUUAAACCCUAUAAAUGUGAUGUAUGUGGUAGAGGGUUUAGUGAAUCUGGUAACUUAGAACAACACAUGAGAACUCAACAUUGACAUGCUAAUGAUAAAACUCAUAAACAUAAAUAUGAUCUGUGUGUUAGGUAAAACAAUUUUUUUUCAGAUUGGGACUUUGCAGACACAAGAUAUUCAGAUGCUAAGCUUCACAAGUGAAACAUACAGCUUAUGACUUACACUGGUACCUCCAGACAGGUACACAGGAGAACACUACUUGGUUUAUUGAUACAAGCUUAUCUUUUGACUUACACAGCUGGUACCUCAAGACAGGUACACAGGAGAACACUACUUGGUUUAUUGAUCGAAGCUUAUCUUUAAUGAUAAUGAUGAUUAGGUCUUUUCCUGGCAAGACUUCCUUUUGAACCACCUUCAAUCAUGUAUUUAUCUAGAUGUCUAUUGUGUAAGAAGGGUUUGAAAGGAAGUUCUUCCCUUUUUAUACGACUGCAAACAAAAUUUGCGAUCCUAUAUUGGUAUGACGUUGGCGUCGUCGUCGUCAUCCGAAGACACAUUGGUUUUCGCACUCUAACUUUAGUUUAAGUGAAUGGAUCUCUAUGAAAUUUUACCGUAAGGUUCAAUACCACAAAAGGAAGGUUGGGAUUGAUUUUGGGGGUUAUGGUACCAACAGUUAAGGAAUUAGGGGCCAAAAAUAAGCAUUUUUGUAACUUCCAGACAUAACUUGUGUGUUAGUGUAUGGAUCUCUCUGACAUUGUACCACAAGGUUCCAUAUCACAAAGGGAAUGCU